CACGCGUGCGUAUAACAUUGGUAGUAUAUGGUGGUUAACCAGUGAAUGGAGUGAACGCUGCGCUAGGAUUAUUUUGCCUCUGAAAUUCACCAACAAGACUAACAUAGAAAACAUGAGCAAUAUCGACUUCAAAUCUGGUGGUGGACCAGGAUUAAGGAAAGACCUUGGUGGGGGGGAAAGCGCUGAGGGACUCGAUAAAAUCGACAUGUCCUUAGAUGACAUAAUACGUUUGAACAGAAGAGAGCAGCAUACACAGAGGUCUGGCACGGGAAAUCGCAGGACACUCGUGAAUGGCCGUUUCUCACAGGGAAGGAGGGUUGGAUCGUGGGCUAGUGGCCCGUCACAAAGAGGUGGGGGUGUAGCGAGACUGGGUGGCCGUGGCCGAAGGAUGCUGCCUGUAGUGGGUCGUCGACGGGGUCAGGGGGUCAUUACAGGUCUGGCAGCCCGUCGGUCAGCCGCUCUAUGGAAGGGAAUCAGCCCAUUGAACCGGCCCACUGUAACUCAGAAACCACGGCCUCUUAUGCAGAGGAGGCCGGCGCAGCCCACACAGACAGACAUACAGCGACGGCAGCACAGACUAGCAGGAGCACAGAGGGGCCAGGACGCAGCCGCGCACAGACCCGUCCAGCUGCACAGACAGAAUGCGCCCCCCAUUCAGCAGAUCCAGAAGGAAGCUCGACAAGCAACUUUUCUCUUCCGCAGGGGCCUCAAGGUACAGUCCAUCUUUCCUUUCCCCCUUGCACUCUACACCUGGAUCUGUGUUCCUCUCCUCUCCCCUAGGUGGCGCACUUCGACAACAAGCAGCGGAAUCCUGACCGUUUCCAUUGACAAUCCGACCGCAAGGACACAGCCAGAGCCCCCCCGAGCCUGGACGCUGCACCCGCCCGUUACGCCCCCACUGGCCGUGAAGCAGGAAGAGGAGGAAAGGAAGCCGCCGCCCAAAGGGGUGCCCCUGCAGUUUGACAUCAACAGCGUGGGCAAACAGACCGCCAUGACGCUGAACGAGCGGUUCCGCAUCCUGAAAGACCGGCGCGUGGCGGCCGCUCAGAGCGGCAAGGCCGGCCGCUUCGUGACCGUGGGCUGACCGCGGCGCGGGUCCGACCGCGUCCCGACCGACGGGAGACCAGGCAGACCCGGGCGUACCGCGGAGGAGAGGGGGGGGGGGGGGCAGCCAAAACAAGCCGGGAACCCAGCACAGUCAUUUCCACGCAAGACCCGUCUAAUUCUAAUUCUCUUGGGGGAACAAUAGGAAUCCAGCGAGCCCAGAAAGAGACUGCGCUACACAAACUUCAGAGGAUUUAGGGGAGCAUUAAUCUCGGAAGGAGGUCACCUGUCUUUAAAAAAAACAACAAAAAAACAAAAAACAUUUUUUCUUAUUUUUACUGUUAAUAAUGACCAGAAUUGAUUCCGCGUUCAGGCAUUGUGUUCAGGAGUGCCUUUUCCAGGGCAAAUUCGACUUGUUCCCGAUGAGGUCGAUGCCAAGCCCAGAACAGAGAGCCAAGUGUUAUGUGAACAAGAAUGGUUUAAGUUAUUUAGGGGUUUUUUUUUUUUUUUUUUUUUUUUUUUUUUUUUAAAUAGAAAUUAGUUUUUAUAAAGAAAAGUUGUGUUUGUUUUAUAAAAACGUUUCAAAUAAACAUUGAUGUGGCAGAUUGUAA